GACAUCGUCGAAAAAUUAUCAAACCGCAAGUUGUUCCAUUCGAAUAAACACACAGUGCAAACGGUGGUGUAGUAAAAAUUCGAAAAUUACAAAUUUUCAAACAAUUUUCCUACUGUCCUGUUCGACAAUAACCAACAACUACAACAAAAUGAAUUUAUAUCUCACCGCCACCUGUAUCCUGCUGCUGUCCGCUGGUGCAUUUGCCGAUCCCAUUAAGGAUAAUAAUGUCGUCACACCGGCUAGUGGUUUUAAUAAGUGCUUGGAAGCUGAUUCUAUCUCGUGCCUCCAACUAACGCUCUUCCGCAAAGCUAGAUCAUUCUUUGAAAAUCCACAAAUCGAAGUCUUCGGCGGCGUCUCACUCAUCAAAUCCAAUGAAGGACGUCAGGGUAAAUCGCUCGAUGACAAUGCUGUUGCCGUGGAGGCUGCACCCAGCGUUGAGGCACGCACCAGCGAAAUGGGCACCUAUUUCAUGAAUCACGCUAAGAACUUCUUUGCCGAACGCUCGUUGAAUUUCAACUUUGCCAAUGCCGCACGCUCGGUAGCACGUGCCAUUCCCGAUGACAUCAAGGCUGAUUUGCGUGAAUUGGUUGUUGAGUCGCGUACCAAGAAGAAGAAGUUGUUGAAAAAAUUCUUGCCAAUCUUGUUGGGUGUCGGUGCUAAGGUCGCUGUUUUGGGUGUCGGUGCUAUCUUCGGUCUGCUCUUCUUGGCCAAGAAGGCCCUCGUUGUGUCCGUCAUUGCUUUCUUCUUGGCCUUGGCUGCUGGUGCCUCAAGUGGUCUGAGCCGUUUGGGCGGCGGCGGCGGCGGUGGUCUGCUCGGCGGUCUCGGCGGAUUGUUCGGCGGCAAGAACUCCGGCAGUUCCAGCGGUAGCAGUGGUGGCUGGUCAUCGGGUGCUGCCUCAGGCGGCUGGUCAUCCGGCGGCAACUCCGGCUGGGACUCCCAUGGCGCCUACAGCUCGCCAGUUGCGCAAACUAUCGCCUACUCUGGCUAUAAGCAAGCCAGACGGUAAGCACGUCGCAUAGGAGUUGAAGCGCAGCUUACUAGCAUAAAAGCUUCUGCGCUGAAAAGCCAAAACAACACUUAGGGUAAUGUAAACAAACAAACUACAAACUACAAAAUAUAAACUACAAAUCAACGAGAUAUAACCAAUACACGCACAAAAAUAAUAAUAACCCGCAUGGGUUAGCUGUCGAGGCAAUGACAUUGCUCGGAAAGCAUCACGAAACGGGCAAUCCAUGCAGCGGCACACGAAUUGCAACGAAUUCAUAACAAAGAACUUUAUUUAUUAUUAAUUUAUUUUAAUUUAUUUAUUAUCGCAUAUAUAUAUUUUGUAAUGUAUGUAAUGAAAUGUAAAAGGACAAAUAAGGACGAAAGACGAUUGGAACAACUGAACCCAAAAACGAAUCUUCAUGUGCCUGAGGCAGUAAAGAGUUGGUCGGGAAGUGAGGGGAUGGUGCAUACCUACACAUAAUAAUACAAACAGCAUGUGAAUUUACGUAUCGUGCCAACUCACUUCAUUCUUGAUACUGCACUGACCUUCACACUGUUCCAUCCAUCUAGUUUCAAGAUUUAAUUUAAUUAUUAAGCGAAAUAUUGUUAUGUACUUGCAACAAUAAGAGUAUUUGGUAUUUUUGUAAUGCGUAUUGCGCAAGCUAAUACUUGCACCACGUUGUUGCUGUUGUUAAGUUGCAUUAUUAAAUCACACAAAGCUCACAUGGCGGAGGCUAUUCACACACGGACAUAUGCACACAACACAUGCAUGUGCAAUAACGUGGAGACAAGGUGAACAUGCAGACAACUCAUGUCACUUCAUCCAUUGCAACCGAAACAUAUCAAGGCACUCACAUAACUCUUUCAUUUGGCACAUAAACAUGAACGGACACCACGCAUGUACCUACUAGUCAGCUGAUUGUGCAACUUGCAACUAAAAAAUAAUGAAAACUUGAGCAAAAUUAAAUCAUCACCACUUUUGCCUAUCAACACUACUUUCAAUUUAUCUUUUCUAUCACUAUUUCCAUAAUUUCACCUACUACUAUUUACUUGUUCUAUUUCUUUUAUUUUCCGCUCUUACCUCUAACUCUUUCCACUACUCUUUUGUCUUUUGUAAUUAUUUUCUUAUUUUAACUAUCACUUAUCACUACUUUAUCUACUAUCGAGUUAUUAUGCUAACUUAAGAACUUUUUCUAUAACUUUCUUAUUCUAUCUGUAUCUCUAUGUAAUGUAAAGUCGUGCACUGUGCUUAACAUUUUAUUUUACCGCACUAUCGUUGUCUUCACUCUGUAUUAUAUAAUUCUAUUUACCUCUUACUAUCCUCUAUCUAUCUAUCAACUGUUUACUGCCCGCUAUUGAAAAAGAUUACCACCAACUGAAAAUAUCCUUAAAAAAACUACAUAUACAAAAGAAUGAAUAAUAAU